CCCCAGCAGACGACCCACUCACCGAGCCGCCGCCGUCCUGGGAGAGUCUCCGGCAGCUGCCUGUGAAUCGUCAGACAUCUGUGUGAAAAUACAUCAACGGUGGAGUUUAUAACCAAAAUCUGAAAGCUGCCAUCAUAAAUGUCCAAGAUGCCUAUGAAAGCUGUUACCCUUGGUGCCAGAGGGCAGAGUAGAUCAGAAUUUAAGGACAAGGAGAAGCCUGCACAGAUCAGAGGCAGUAACAUAGUAGCGGCUAAAGCUGUGGCUGAUGUCAUCAAGACAUCCCUUGGUCCAAGGGGCAUGGAUAAGAUGAUUCAAGAUGGGAAGGGUGAAGUCACAAUUACAAAUGAUGGUGCAACCAUUUUAAAACAGAUGAAAGUACUUCACCCAGCAGCUAAGAUGCUCGUUGAGCUGUCUCAGGCUCAGGAUGCUGAGGCGGGUGAUGGUACCACCAGUGUGGUCAUCUUGGCAGGUUCCAUGUUGGAAACAUCCCAAAAGCUGCUAUCAAAAGGAUUCCACCCAGCCACUAUUUCCGACUCUCUUUUACAUUUCUCUAGCAAGGCUGUAGAGGUCUUGGAAUCUAUGGCUAUCCCUGUAGAUCUCUCUGAUAAUUUAUCACUUCUGAAGAGUGCAAACACCUCUCUCAACUCAAAGGUUGUACACGAGCACUCGGGCAUGCUGGCCCCCAUGGCUGUAGAUGCAAUCCUCAAAAUAGUGGACCCAAACCAAGACAAGAAUGUAGAUCUUAAGGACAUCCGUAUCAUUAAGAAACUUGGCGAGACAGUUGAAGAUUCUCAGUUAGUGGAUGGUAUUGUGUUCACACAGAAGACUCAGGGUUAUGGAGGACCAAACAAGGUGGAAAAAGUCAAGAUUGGAUUGAUUCAGUUUUGCAUUUCUCCACCUAAAACUGAUAUGGACAACACUGUUCUCAUUCGUGACUACGCUGCCAUGGAUCGUGUCCUGCGUGAAGAACGUCAAUAUAUCCUUAAUAUAACCAAGAAAAUUAAGGCUGCUGGCUGUAAUGUUCUCCUUAUUCAGAAGUCUAUCCUUCGGGAUGCUGUGAGUGAUUUGGCCCUUCAUCUCCUGGCCAAGCAGAAAAUAAUGGUCAUCAAGGAUAUUGAACGCGAGGAUAUUGAGUUUGUAUGUAAAACUCUUGGGUGCAGACCUGUUGCUUCUCUAGAUCAUUUUACUCCAGAGUCCAUGGGCACAGCUGAACUGGCAGAAGAAAUUCAAGCUGGUACCAGCAAAUUAGUAAAAGUUACAGGAGUGCAGAAUCCAGGAAGGACUGUAUCAAUAUUGCUUAGGGGAAGCAAUAGACAGGUUUUGGAGGAAGCUGAUAGAUCCCUUCAUGAUGCACUUUGUGUGAUUCGUUGUUUGGUUAAGAAGAGGUUCCUAAUUCCUGGUGGUGGAGCACCUGAGGCAGAAUUAUCAGUCAAGCUAACACAGCAUGCACAUACUCUUAAGGGCAUGGAUGCAUACUGCUUCCGAGCCUUUGCUGAAUCACUGGAGGUAAUCCCAGGCAUUUUGGCUGAAAAUGCUGGCCUCAGUCCCAUUUCAACGGUGACGGAACUGCGUAACAGACAUGCUCGUGGGGAAACCCAUGCUGGAAUUAAUGUCCGCAAGGGAAGUAUCAGCAACAUUAUUGAUGAAAAUGUUCUUCAACCUCUCUUGGUUUCUACCUCGGCCAUCACACUCUCUGCAGAGUGCGUUCGCUCAAUCCUGAAGAUUGAUGAUAUUGUCAAUGUCAUCCGCUAGUUUGAGAUUCAUCUGUGAAAAAAUCAUCUUUGACGAGGGCUUAGUGAUAUUAAACAAACUUUAACACUAUGCUUGUACUGUAUGUUUAAUCAAGAAUUCCCAAUGUGCUUUGCUUAUACUUAAUGAUUAUUAAUAAAUGAUGUUGAUGAAAA